UAAUGCUCUGUCUAUUUAACAGGUUUAACGGGUUUGAGUAUCAAACAGAACAUAUAUUGCACAUAUAUUGCAUGCAUCAAUGUACUGUAUGUGAAAGAGUAUGGUUGAGUGGGAGUGUCUGCAUAUGUAGAUGUUCUGGAUGAGACUACAUAAUCUACACACCACAAUUUAAAGAGCAUCUUCUGCUCAGUGUGGAUAAUAUACAGAGUACAACUUUGGGAUAACAACAGCUGGUUUGGAGAAAUGUACGGAUUUAUUAAUACGUGUCUGAAGUCACUGGUCAUUGAAAGGUUUGGAGAAGAGACAUGGGAAAAUUUGAGAUUAAUGGCUGGUGUCCAGGAGACAUUUAUGACCUAUGAAAUCUACAACGAUGACAUCACUCUUCGUUUAGUGCAAGAGGCUUGUAAAAUGUUGGAUAUCUCCUCCGAGGUGGUUUUGAAGCUUUUUGGAGAGUACUUUUUCAGCUUUUGUAAGAUGUCCGGAUAUGACACUAUGCUGCGAACACUCGGUGGAAACCUGGUGGAAUUCAUUGAAAAUCUUGAUGCUCUACACAGUUAUUUGGCAUUGUCUUAUGAGGCCAUGAAUGCUCCGUCCUUUCGUGUGGAGCGGAUGGAUGAUGGCCGAAUUCUCCUUCACUAUUACUCAGAUAGGAAAGGGUUGUAUCACAUCGUGCCAGGUAUUAUCGAGGCUGUGGCAAAGGAUUUCUUUGACAGUGAGGUUACAAUGACCAUUCUAAACCAGUCAGAAGAGGAUGAGCGCACUGGAAAGAAGGAACAUGUGGUUUUCCACAUGGUACAGAAGGAAAAGGUGUCCAAAAGAAAGGCUCAACCAAGACAGAAAGGCAGCAAUGAGGAAAUACAGGCUGAGAAAGAGGACAAGGAAGAGAAAAUGAAGAGAAUGAAGGCCAGGUAUGCCAGCCUGCAGCCGUGUCCAAGGAAACGAUCUCCAUGGGAGACUGUGAGGAGCAUUGUCAUGUUGGGCCAAGGCAAUCUGCGACAAUCGUUCACUCCCAGCUACCCAAAAAGACUUUGGAUUGAAGAACAAGCCUUCUGUAAUGCUUUUCCCUUUCACAUUGUUUUUGAUCAAGAUCUGGUGGUGAAGCAAACAGGUGUCAACAUUCAGAAGUUUGUUCCCGGACUGCAGACCGCAGGUAUCCGUCUGGAUGAGUACUUUACCAUUGUUCACCCAGAGGUCAUCUUCAACAUCCAGAGCAUCAAGAAGUUCAUCAACAGCCAAUUUGUGCUGAAAACCAGGAGGGAAAUGUUACCGGAGAUCCACCAAAACCAGUCCACACUCAAGCUAAGAGGGCAGAUGAUGUGGAUGGAGUCACUCAACUGCAUGAUCUAUCUGUGCUCUCCUAAGCUACGAAGCCUCCAGGAACUGGAGGAGAGGGGUCUCCAUCUGGCUGACAUCGCCCAGCAUGACACCACACGAGAUCUGAUCCUGCUCAACCAGCAGAGGUUGGCGGAGAUCGAGCUCUCCAAUCAGCUAGAAAGGAAGAAGGAGGAGUUGAGAAUCCUCUCACGCAACUUAGAGAUUGAAAAGCAGAAAUCAGAAAAGCUUCUUUAUGCCAUGCUGCCGACACAUGUCGCCAACCAGCUUAAAGAGGGCAAAAGAGUAGAGGCAGGUGAGUUCAAAGUGUGCACCAUCCUUUUUAGUGAUGUGGUCACAUUCACUAACAUCUGCGCAGCCUGUGAACCUAUUCAAAUAGUCAACAUGCUCAACGCCAUGUACUCCAGAUUUGAUCGACUUACAAACAUCCACAAUGUUUAUAAGGUGGAAACUAUAGGUGAUGCUUACAUGGUGGUUGGUGGUGUGCCCGUUCCUACAGACACUCAUGCAGAGCGGGUGGCAAACUUUGCCCUCGGUAUGAGAAUUGCUGCGAGAGAAGUAACUAGCCCUAUCACAGGACAGCCCAUACAGAUCAGAGUAGGCCUGCACACCGGUUCAGUUUUGGCAGGUGUUGUAGGUGACAAAAUGCCACGCUAUUGCUUGUUUGGAGACACGGUCAAUACAGCCUCUCGGAUGGAGAGCCAUGGACUUCCUGAUCACAUACACCUGAGCCCCUUCACAUACAGUGUGUUAAAGGACAAAGGAAACUUUGAGAUCGCUGAGAGGGGUGAGAUUGAGGUGAAAGGCAAAGGCCUGAUGAGAACAUUCUUCUUGCUGAAUAACCUCCAAAAGAGCGAUGAACAGAUCAUGGGCUUGGUCGAUGGAGAGACGUGUGUGUACCAGAAGGACCCAGAAGACGUGACGGAUGCCCAAAACGAAGUAAGUCCUGAAGACACAGACCGUGGGCAGAAAGAGGAAGAGAAAAAGGAGGAAGAAGUUGAAAAGUGGAAAAAUCACACAUCAUCACCAUCUCUCUGUCCAGGCAAAUCCUCCCCCGAUCAUUUAAUUCAGUUCGAUGUAACGCCAGCAUACGAAAGCCCCACUGACUUCAAACAUCCACACAAUGGUCUUCAUUCAGAAAGCAUUAGUACUAAGUUCUGCUCGAUACUUUAGUCUAAUAUCACUGAAUUAAACCCAAUUUUAAGAAGAUUGAAUUUCAGAGGGCCAGUAACACAAAUCAACAGCCGCAAUGUGAAACUCGCAGUACCAUGUGUUCUGUGCAGGGUAUAAUGACUGUUUUUCCCAGCUCUACAACAAACAGUGGGGAUUUCUAGUUUGUGGACACAGAUUUGUCAUCUGGGAAAGGCAAGUCUCUAUGCCGAUUCCCAGUGCUCCUUGUGUAGCCCGACUUCAUUUGCACCUGCUGGUUGCCCGCUGGUGACGGCCAGCAGAACCACCCCCAGAGAAAGCUAAUCUCCCUCUGGAGAAAUUAAUCACUUAUUAUAGACUGUUUUCAUGUGGAAAUCAGAUGGCAAACACAGAUGACCAGAGGUAGAUAAACAUAUGGUUGCUGUAUAGCGAGCAAAUUUUUGCAGUGUGUGAGGCAACAUUGGAACUAAUUAUUCACUGUGCCCAAAAACACAUCUGUUUUCCUCUCAAAUAAAAAUAUGA